AUGGAGACAAUUGACCACAGUGACUCUGAUAAUAUGGGGAGUGUUUGCUUUCGGACUUCAGCAGCCUCUCUCGGACGCUGCCCUUCUCUUCCCUCUAGCGAUAUCUAUGUCGAUGAUUGUGAACCGCAGCCAAGAGAUGCCCGCGCCCCCACUACUUCCCUUUUGAUGGGGAAGGGAAUUUGGGCUCAUUCAACAGGCACGGGACGUUAUGCUCAGCAACUGAAUAUCGAAUCUGACUCGAGUGACUGGGAUCCCAAUCUCGACAACAGCAAGGCUGAGAGCACAAAGUUGAGCUGCAAACGCUUGCAAACCCCCUUCGAGCCGUUUGAUAGAACUGGAACUCGAAUUCCAACUUCUACACAAACCUCAACAGGGUUACCUGUCAACACACACUGCAACCCUCGUCCUGCCCCUCGUUCCAUCGGAACACAGCACAGCUCGCGAAACGACGAUAACAUCGCUCGAGACAAGCCUGCUCAACACAUUUCACAAAAGCAACUUGUUGCUGAGGUCAAGGGCAUCUAUGCAGGUUUCAUUAUGGUAGAGACCAAAUGCAUCGAGGUCGACAAUACUAACUCUGACAAAAAUAACUCGAAGACAGAUUCUAAGCUCAACGACGAACAGUGGCAGGCCCUUAUCGCAUUGCACCUCACUUUACUUCAUGAACACCACGAUUUCUUUCUUGCAAGUCAGUAUCCGUCUGCAAGCCCUGCCUCACAGCGUUUAGCCACCAAAUAUGCCAUGCCUGCGCGUAUGUGGAGACACGGCAUUCAUUCGUUCCUUGAGCUACUGCGUCAUUCGUCUAAAUCCUUGGAUCAUAUGCUUACUUUCCUAUACUUGGCUUACUCUGUGGUGGCCUUACUAUACGAGACUGUCCCAGCUUUUGAAGACACCUGGAUAGAAUGUCUUGGUGACCUAGGUCAAUACCGUAUGGCCCUUGAGUAUGAUGAUAUUCGCGAUCGGGAGAUUUGGACUAGUGUGUCCCAUUAUUGGUACAAUAAAGCGUCGGAUAAGAAUCCUACAACUGGAAGACUUUACCAUCAUCUGGCUAUCUUAGCACGACCCAAUGCACUCCAACAGCUACACUACUAUACAAAGCAUGUCCUGUUUGGCGUCCAUGGAAGCAACUCUAUCAUAUCGCUGUUUGACCCAGAUCUGAAUGGGAGGCCACGCUGGGUCUUCACAGGAUCAACGACCCUGUGUCAUGCCCAGACAGAGAAUUCCAUUCAUCUGGCACUCGAUCCAGGAGAGUUUAUGAUGCUCUUUUCGAUAGAACGGUAA